GAUCGGUGCUGGCCGGGCCGUCUCUCGCUCUCCGUGUGCGUCCCUUGUGGGAAACCCAGCAGCUGAAGUUCAUCUGCACCAAUGGACUACAGAAAUGUGUCUGACAACUGCAAGGAGCUUCCUCUGGCCUGCUCUGAUGCCAGCUCUCUGCCAUCUUCCAUAUCUGGUACUGAUUCUUUGGCUGGACAACGAACUGGGAGCACCCUGGGGAGACCAGCAGCUGCAAAUGCCGCCCGAGAGCGUAGCCGUGUGCAGACUCUCCGCCAUGCCUUCUUGGAGCUCCAGAGAACCCUUCCCUCUGUGCCCCCUGAUACUAAGCUUUCGAAGUUGGAUGUGCUCCUUCUGGCUACCACCUACAUUGCACAUCUAACCCGCAGCCUGCAGGAUGAAGAAGAAUUACCUGGGGAAGCCUUGGGCACACUGAGAGGAGAUGGCUACCUGCACCCUGUGAAGAAAUGGCCAAUGCGAUCACGGUUAUACAUUGGAGCGUCUGGACAAUUUUUGAGUCACUCUCUGCAAACAGAAAGUACAAAUCAAGGAGAAACCUCUACAAAUUUACAAAUGUAAAUCAUGUAUUUUUCCCCCUUCUUGCAUACUGUUGUAUUUAUUAUGCCAGAUAUAUUUAAAUUCAAGUACAUUUUCCAACAUUUAUGAUGUGACUGCAACUGACAGUACCA